CUACACAUUAUUUUAAGUUUUCCAUUAUUCCAUGUCAACUACCGACGGUUCCCAAUCAUAGGUUUUCACCCUGGGAAAGAUAGCGGCAAUUGCAGAUCUUCAAUUUAACGCGUAUUCCUUGGGUUGUGAAGUUAUAUAAUCAAAAUCUAGCAACAGCGAGCUUAAUUCAUUGAAUCAAAUAACGAUUUGGGUAACAGGUGUGGUGAUCGGAUCCAAAGAGAAUGGCAGGAACACAGAGUACGCUUCCCAUAUCAGCCCCAUCAGGGCAGUCAGGAGGAGGAGGAGGAGGAGGAGGAGGAGCAGGAGUGCUAACAGCAACGCCGGCAGCCCGCGCCUUCUUUAGCCGGGUCUCAGACGGCGCCCGCACCGCGUUGGCUCAGCGGCGGCCAUGGCUGGAGCUUGUGGAUCGCAACUCCCUUACAAAGCCAGAGUCCCUCUCGGAGGCUACGACCAGAAUCCGCAAGAAUUGGACCUAUUUCCGCAUCAAUUACAUGAUCCUCCUCUCGGGUGUCCUUGCCUUUAGCCUUGUUUCUCACCCGGUUUCUCUCUUUCUCCUUGCCGUCCUGCUAGGCGGGUGGAUCUUUCUGUAUCUGUUCAGGACCGAGCCCUUGGUUGUGCUCAACAGAACGUACAGCGACAGGGAGGUGCUUGGCAUCAUGUCCGUGCUUACCAUUGUUAUUGUCUUCUUGACCAGCGUUGGAUCGCUGCUUAUUUCGGCUCUCAUGGUCGGAUUAGCGAUUGUUUGCGCGCAUGGGGCUUUUAGGGUUCCUGAAGAUUUGUUUCUGGACGAACAGGAGCCCGCCGUCGGCUUCCUUUCUUUCCUCGGCGGUGGGGCCCCUCAACAACCCAUUGUCAGCCAUGUCUGAGAUCUUCUUCAGAUCUAUGUUUCAGGGUCUCUCUAGGUGGCGAUUUAGGGCAAUUUUCCUGAAAUUGGACCAAAAACGGAAAACCCUCUUUCUAAGAUGAGGGUUUCUUUAAUUUGUUUUGCAUGAUUUGCUUUUCGGGGAUCGUGCACGUUGUAUUUAAAAUACGCUGAAAUCGAGCUUCUAAAGAUGAUAUCUAUUCAAAUAUAAGAGCACCAUAAUCUGUCAGUUUCACCCAAGUGCGCAUGCAACUAAAUAAUAGGUUUUGCUGGGCAUUCUGUAUAUUUUAGGGCCCCAUGUACGUUUUUAUGACAAAUUUUAAGUAAACUGGACUUAAACGAAAAAAGCCCUGCGUUAGAGCUAGGUCUUUCUUUAACGCAGUAGCAUUGAACUCCAAAAUUCCCGAUUAAUGACAACGUGCUACAUUUUUCACGCUGUUUUCUCACUUAUUACAGAGAUUUUCAAAAAGUGGAUCUGAUAUUUUGAUGUA